AUGGUUGCCUCUGUGGAGCUUAGCUGCAAAAUCCUCACCAUUCCGCCGUCAUCUUCUCAUUCAAAUUCCAAGAUUUCUUCUUCUUUCUCUCGAUUUCCGGUUCAUUCCCGGCGAUUUUUGCUCAAUUCAUCUCCGGUUUUCCGGUCGUGUGCCGUCACCUGCACUUUGACUAGGGAGACGUCUCUAGCAAUGGAGGACAAUAAAACCCAGAGUCUGGGGCAGAGACCCGAUUCCUUUGGGCGUUUUGGGCGUUUUGGGGGGAAGUAUGUGCCGGAGACCCUAAUGCAUGCUCUUUCCGAGCUCGAAACCGCUUUCCAUUCUCUUUCUGGAGACCAAGAAUUUCAGAAAGAGCUGGAUGGUAUUUUGAGAGACUACGUCGGGAGAGCGAGCCCUCUAUACUUUGCAGAGAGGUUGACUGAGCACUAUAGACGUCCCAAUGGCGAGGGGCCUCAUAUUUUCUUGAAGAGAGAAGAUCUUAACCACACAGGGGCUCACAAGAUUAAUAACGCCGUUGCUCAAGCUUUGCUUGCUAAGCGUUUGGGAAAGAAACGGAUUAUAGCUGAAACAGGUGCAGGUCAGCAUGGUGUUGCAACUGCUACAGUUUGUGCUAGGUUUGGACUAGAAUGUAUCAUCUACAUGGGCGCACAAGACAUGGAAAGACAAGCUCUCAAUGUGUUCAGAAUGCGGCUUCUUGGGGCCGAGGUUAGGCCAGUUCAUUCUGGUACUGCUACACUGAAAGAUGCUACUUCAGAAGCUAUAAGGGAUUGGGUGACUAAUGUAGAGACUACCCAUUAUAUCUUGGGAUCUGUUGCUGGGCCCCAUCCAUAUCCCAUGAUGGUUAGAGAUUUUCAUGCAGUGAUUGGUAAAGAAACAAGAAAACAGGCUUUGGAGAAGUGGGGAGGGAAGCCUGAUGUUCUAGUGGCCUGUGUUGGAGGAGGUUCGAACGCUAUGGGACUAUUUCAUGAGUUUGUUAAUGACGAAGAUGUUAGGUUGGUUGGUGUCGAGGCUGCAGGUUUUGGCGUGGAUAGUGGUAAGCAUGCAGCAACUCUGACCAAAGGGGAAAUCGGAGUUCUACAUGGAGCCAUGAGUUAUUUACUACAGGAUGACGAUGGACAAAUAAUUGAACCUCAUUCGAUCAGUGCAGGUUUGGAUUACCCUGGGGUUGGACCAGAGCAUAGUUAUUUGAAAGAUGCAGGUCGUGCCGAGUACUACAGUGUCACUGAUGACGAAGCACUGGAAGCAUUCAAGAGAUUGUCACGGUUGGAGGGCAUAAUCCCAGCUCUGGAGACAUCUCAUGCUCUGGCUUAUCUCGAGAAGCUGUGCCCGACCCUAGCGGACGGAACAAAGGUCGUGCUUAACUGCAGUGGCAGAGGUGAUAAGGAUGUUCACACAGCGAUCAAGUAUUUGCAAGUUUGAUAUAUAACAAUGUUGCUGCCAGUAGUAGCAAAACUAAAGGUUAUCCAUCAUCUUCCUUUCUUGGUAGAAGCUUAAGUCUUAAUUGAGUUGCUUUCCAAUAUGAGAUCUGAGCUUGAAGACAAUAAAGCAUACCUUAAAUGCCGUAGUUUCCAUACAAGUUUGGAUUUAGAUACAGAUUCUGGCAAAAGAAAACAAAUCCGAGAGCUCUUGUGAGGAUAUAUAUAUAGAUUUUACUAUUUCUGGAUCUUAUUAGACACUUGCCUAUGCAGUUUUAAUAAACACUAGUCUGUGUUUGUGUUUGGAUCACUAUGCUGUAUAAAGAUUGUGCUUUGUUAUGA